AUGAUGAUGUUUACACCCUUCUCACUGUGGGCAGAGUCAGAGGGAGGCCCAUCAAGGAUCGUCCGCUUUGAUAAACUCUUGGACCAGAUGACAGGGGUUUUGAGACGCUUCGUUCAACACUCAGAUGGGGAUGCGACAACCAGAUUGAGCCAAGAUCUGGGUCACGGAGCAUUUGCGACCAGAAAUAUUGGAAUGGACGCCGUUUUUGCCAUGUUUAACACGUCUACCCUGGGUGGCAAGCGUGUACAUGACCAGCUGGUACAGUACCUAUGGGAUGAGGACUGGAAACCCAGGCAUGAUGUGCAAACAGAAGAGUGGCUCAGUCAACGCCUCAAAACGGACUGGUCAUUUUGCCAUGCCAUCAUCAACAGUCUCAAGUUCAGAGACAUUCGAAGCCGAGAGGAUGCUAUUCCUGAAGCACAUCAGCAAACCUUCUCCUGGGUCUUUGAAAGACAAGCCGAGGGGCAUGGAAGAAGUCCGCCAUGGUCAUGCUUUCCAACAUGGCUGAGAGACAAGACCAACGAGCCAUAUUGGAUCACCGGGAAGCCUGGGUCCGGAAAAUCAACGCUACUCAAGUUCAUCCUCCAACACCCACAGCUUCCAAGCGAGCUUGAAAACUGGUCUGGAAAGCUCCCUCUCUUGACUUUAAGCUAUUAUGCCUGGAAUGCUGGGUCCGACUUGCAGAAAUCCCGCCAAGGGCUUAUCAGGACGAUCUUGUUCCAGUCACUCAAACUCAACCCUGCACUGGUACCUUGGGUUACUCCUCGGCGGUGGUCUUUGCUCCGCAUUUCGCGGGGGGUCGUCGAGCAGCCCAAGUGGGAAAUGUGGGAGCUGGAGGAAUCAUUGAGAUAUCUGCUCAGUGAAUGCGGGAAGACCAUGGCCUUGGCUCUGUUCAUCGACGGUCUCGACGAGUUCCAAGUUGAGCCCGUCAAGAUCAAGAAGCAAAUUCUCGACCCUCUUCGAGUCAUUUAUACUCAGCAGGGGACCAAGGUAUGCGUGGCAAGUCGUGAGUGGAGCGAGUUUGAUGAUGCACUCCAUCAACACCCAAAGCUUCGAAUGCAAGACCUAACGUUUCCUGACAUGAAGCAUUAUGCUAUGUCGAGACUGGCAGCUACUCGCGGAUUUCUGGAGCUACAAUUCAUCUUUCCCGGAGAGACUGAAGCUCUCAUAGGCGAAUUGCUUGGGAAGGCUAAUGGUGUUUUUCUUUGGUUGACCCUCGUUGUCAAGAGCCUCCUCCAUGCUGCCAGUCAGGGUCGUGGCCUGCACCACCUUCAAGCCCUUGUCAACGCCCUCCCGAGCAACAUCGCCGAUCUGUAUUCUUCUAUCUGGAGCAACAUUGAAGAUGACAUUGUGUCGGACUCAUCAAAGCUUCUGGCGAUUGUACGCGCAGCACAUGAGCCUCCAGAUGAUCUCAUGGUGUGGUUGGCUGAUAAUAGCUUUCCUCUCACUUUCGACAUAGAGUCUGUGCUGGCUCGAGACGGUGCAAGGUCUAGAAUUUCUGACAUCAUCAAACGCCGUUUGAGCAGCAAUACAAGGGGAAUCCUGGAGCUGUCUUCCUCUGGAAUUGUCGACUUUCUUCACCGAACGGCUCGAGAUUGGGCAGCGAAGCCUGAAGUCUGGACACGGAUCAAUCUCACCAUUCCUCAAGACUUCGAUCCCAAUCUUGUUCUUCUGAGGACUAAUAUCAUCCUUAAACGCUCUAGUGCAUAUUUGCGUCUGUCCGGCGAGGGCCUGACGGAGAGAACAAUGCUUUAUGCAUCUCGGGUUGCGGACUCUACAAUUUUCCGCCCAAAACUAAUGUCGGCACUCGACGCUUUCGACGACAUGCUACAGCAAGCAUAUGACGAAGACGACGUAUCCUGGAUCACGCAUAUUGAAGGUGGCGUAUAUGAAACACAAGGUUUCGGAUCAGAUCUUGACAAGUCCGAGCUCAAGAAGAUGCCUUUCCCCCUUGGAAAACGCGAUAUUUGGGAAAACUGGUAG